UGUCAAGUAACAAAAUGUUUUGAAAGGCAUUUUCGGGCACAAAAUUAAAAAAAACAUUGCUUCGAAUCUCAAAAUUAUUGGAUAUUUUUUAAAAGAGGGGCCAUGGAGAAUGUGGAGCUUCAGGAUGUCCAAGCGUUAAGGGUCACUCCGCAGCCAGCAACGAGAAUGAUCCGCAUGGAACUCGACGAGGAGGAGAAUCGCCGGCACAUGGCGACCAGUAAAUAUGGUGGCGUCUGCUUCCACGUGGGCAUAGCUGUCAUGCUCUGUUUGAUGUUGGUGGUGCUGAUUUGUUCGGCUCCCUUUGCCGAGGACAUGGGCAAUCGCACGUCCGAGCAGCGGCACGCUCGAAUGAGGCAGAUUUACGUUGAAAGGGAGCGGCGGCAAAGACUUGGCAGCGGAAUGGCGCUGAGUCCGCUGGAGGAGGAGGCCAAUGAUCGGCUCAUGGCCAUCAGGCAGGUGGACGAGGAGGUUUAUAAUCUCUGGAAGAACUACCACGCUCAGCCACCGCCGUUUCUGAAACAUGCCAACAUCAUCGAUACGAAUCUCUAUGCGGCACUUAAGAGCAUGCCCAAAGGCGGACUCCUUCACGUUCACGAUUCGGGAAUGCUGAGAACGGACAUCCUAAUCGAUUUGAUAUACCGCGAUAACCUGUGGGUCUGCGUGAACGUGGAGCAGGGCUUCGAGGACUUCCGAUUCUCCAGGUACUAUCCACACAUUCCGCCCGCCGAGGACUACCAAUGCAAUUGGAUGCUGAUGAGCAACUUCUUCCAGUUCGAGUCACGGUCUGACUUCGAGAACAGGUUGAGGAAAAUCCUCAGUGUCCGGCCGGAGGGGUAUAAGAGUUCCUCUGAGUUGGCACGACACUUGAGACGCCACCAACGCAUCAUCCACGGACUGGUCACAUUCCGGCCGAUCUGGAGUGAAUUUAUAUUCAGCAUGUUGAGCGAUUUCUACGCCGACGGGGUGCAGUAUGUGGAGCUGCGUUCCUCGCUGCCAAUCAUGUACGAUCUGGAUGGCAAUAACUCUACUAUUUUGGAAACGGCGCAGGCCUUAGUUUCAGUAUCGAAUAUUUUUAGGGACAGCUUCAAAGAUUUCAUCGGAGUCAAGCUGAUCUACGCUCCUUCUAGGGACUUAAAUGACAGUCGCAUGGAUGAGUAUUUGGAAAAUGCCCGUCUGCUUAAGUUGCAUUAUCCGAAUUUCUUAGCUGGCUUUGAUCUAAACACCUUCGGUGACGAGUGCAACUUACCGCUUUUGGAAAAUGCUACUCAACUGUUAAGGAUCGGCAAGAAUAUGGACUUCUAUUUCCAUGCGGGAGAGUCUCGAUGUCCGGAUAGCUCCCGCCCGGAUGCGAAUCUUUUGGAGGCAUUAUUGUUGCAAAGUAAACGCAUUGGGAAUGCCGUGAAUCUACCCUUUCAUCCGGAGAUUAUGAAGGCCAUGAAAAGGCUUAGCAUGGCCGUGGAGAUCUGUCCCCUGUCCAACCAUUAUCUGCAAUACUUCAACGAUUUCCGCCAACAUCCGGCGGCGUAUCUGAUUGCCGCCGGCUUUCCAAUUGUAAUUGGGUCGGACUAUCCGUGUUUCUGGAACUCCGCCCCUCUCACCGACGACUUCUAUGUGGCCUUCGUGGGCGUGGUCAGUGGGUGGGGCAAUUUGCGCCUCAUCAAGCAGCUUGCCCUCAACUCGUUUCUGUUUAGCUCCCUCAGCGAAAAGGAGCGGAAUGUGGCCGUAUCCAAGUGGCAAUGCAACUGGAACCGAUGGCUCAGAAGCUUUGUCAACAGUAGUGGAUACUAAUAAGUAAUAAUUGUCGAAUCGAGAACAAAAAUUGUAUAAAAGAAAAUUUAUAGGUGAAAAAAGCUGUUAGCUAAUACAUUUUA